AUGACCUCGCACCGCACAAGCGAUUCCGGGUAUGCUGAUAUAUUGGACGGCAGACUCGGAGAGGAUAAGUCGACGCGGAGCCAGAAACUUCCACCUACUCAAAACGACGAAGAAAGGCUAUUGCCUGGUCAUGCCGUACGAUCUGAUCCCGGUGCGGUCAAGAUCGUACCUGGCAGUGUGGGGCAAAAGGUUGGUCGCAAGAGUAAGGUGAAUAUUCCGUCAUCGUUCAAACCUUACAAUACACUUUCAGGAAGAGCUCGAGAGAGUGGACCAGUUCGUGCGCGAGGGAAAUCAGAACGAGGCAGUGGUAAUCAAAGGGGCCCUGGAAGCAGCAUCACCCAUCCAGAAAAUGGUGUCGUAAACGAGCAUCAAGAGAGGCCGUCAAAACGUCGGCGCCGGGAGAGCCAGGACACAUCCGGAGGUGUUAUAAGCAUCUCCGAUGAUGACAUAAUGGAACAAUUACCCCCAGAUAACACAUCCUCCGCUGGACAUUCGACACGUUUGUCACCUUCCUUGAGCCAACGUUCAGGGAAAGCGAAACCACGAGAUUCGAGUUCCAAGCGCAACAAGGUUGAUGAGUACCGGAAUGUGGAGAGGAGCAUGAGACCCCCUCGAACCCCCAACCAAGGCUCUAAAAAGAACCAUCAAUUAUCUUCGGGUGGUGACCAUGAGGAGCGAUCUUCUGAAAACGCAGUCAGAGAGAGGCGGGCGCUGGCAUUCAAUAUGGAUCCGGAACAGACCAAACUCGCGUGGCCCGAUCGAGCUGUAAAGCAUGAGAUGAUCCCCAGUAUCGAGAUACCUCCCUAUUCUCCUGCAGAACAGCAAACUGGUUUAAUUUCACGAACACAGCAAUUAACGACAAAUCAGAAACGCCCAGACGGUUCGAGGGAUAGCCCCGAUGAGCUGCAAGGAGACGCAACUGUCGAGCGAGCACCCGUGUCUCUGAGACAAUAUCAGGAGGAUGAAAUCAUGAUGUCCAAAUCCGAGGCUGAAGAACGGCCUAGCACCAUCGGUCGACUAUCGUCUCCGUCCGAUAUACAGCCUACGGUGUUCACGAGCUCGUCUCAACGCCACCGGAAGUCUGACAAGCGGAGAACAGCUCCGGCUUCACGAGAAAAAUCCGCUGUUAAAAUUUUUUAUGCCACUUUCGUUCGGGUUGGGUCAUCUGAGCGCCGGUUAAGUGACGCCUUUGAAAUCGGUGUAGAGACUACGGAGCCUAUUAUUAUAUUGCCUUGGAAUGGCAAAAAGCUCUCACUCCAGAGACUUGACAAAGUCCUACAAGGAAAUCAGCCUAGCUGUAAAGUCCGUCUUAAAUUUUCAAGGAAAGGAGGACUUGAUGAUGAGAUGGACAUAGAGUUCUCAACGUCUGAGGAACAGGAAACUUUUUGUAAUCUACUACAGGGAUUGCUGCGUGGACAGCAGGUCCACCUGUUCUACAAGUCCAACGAAUGGUUGAGGAAAGCAUUUGAUAGGACGGCCCUAGACUUGGAAAACAAAACGAAUGAAUCCGAGCGCUUUGGUGAAAACAAUCAAAAACCGAUUGUGAAUGAGGCACCAGAAGUUGCCAGGAGGGUGAAAUUGUCCGACUCCUUGCAGGACGGCAACGGACAUACUGCCGGAAAAAUGCAGUCUACGGGUACCGCUUCUAUGGAACAUUCCAAACCUUCAACAACAAAGAAAACCAUGGAAACCUCAAAUGCUGGUGGGACAGGAGAUAUCUCCUCAAAUUCAAAACAACAGGGAGGGGUGGAAAUACCCGUGAAGAGAUUCCACCCAGAACUGUCCUCUUCUAAUCGAGCUGCUACACGGUCCAUGUCGCGUCGAGCUCCGGCAACAACAGUCGUUUGUGAUGAUGGAGCUGAAGAUGAUAACCCUCAGCCAAAGCCUGAUAAUAAGGGCAAAAAGUGGAAUAAACCGCUUGUCUACCCCCGCUUUGGCAAGAAAAAAGCCGAGGUCGAUGCCCAUGAUCGUGAACGGCUGCGUGACAACGAAUUUUUGAAUGAUAACCUUAUAGGCUUCUAUAUGCGCUUUCUUGAGGAUCACUUAGAGCGAACUAAUAAGGAGGUGGCGAAAAGAGUCUAUUUCUUCAACUCAUACUUCUUUGCAACCCUGACAAAUGCAAAGGGCAGAAGAAAUAUCAAUUAUGAAGGAGUCCAGAAGUGGACUCGUGCUGUUGAUAUAUUCGGAUUCGAUUACAUUGUGGUCCCUAUCAAUGAAAAUGCCCACUGGUACGUUGCCAUCAUCUGCAACCUACCGAACUUACCUGGUAUUGCCAAUGAAAGAAACGGGGAUCCACAAUCUGUGGAAUAUGACAAAGGCAGUUCAGCUGCACCUGAUAGUGAAGCUCGAGAAAUUCCGGAAACGCCCGAACCCAUCGAACAAUUUCCUGCUGGUAAAGAGACGAAUACCAGCCAUAGAGAUUUGGAACCUGCAAAAGACGCAGUAACCCUACAAUCGUUCGAGUCAAUGAGUUUGUCAGAUAAAGAAGAGCUUAAAGACGGUGCACAUAUAUUGCCUCCAACAGAGUGGCCGGAACAAGAAGAGAACCUCACCUUUUCUCCCGCAAAGUUCUACAGCCCUGCAGCUAAGGUGGAGUCAUCCCAGAAACUUGACACGAAGGAUAAUCCCGGGCUGGCAACAUCUCCCCGGAAGGGCCCGAAGAAGAAGGGAAAGGUUGGAGGAAAGCCUGGAGGCACCAAAUUUGAUACUCAUCAAACAAUUAUAGUCACUUUUGACUCCCUAGAUUUGUCUCGAUCGCCCACAAUCUGUAAUCUGCGCGAUUACCUUUACGAGGAGGCUAAAUCAAAGCGCGGCAUUGAGAUUGAAAAAGGCUUGAUCAAGGGAAUGAGAGCUCGAGCGAUUCCUUUGCAGCCUAACUACUCAGACUGCGGUUUGUACCUCCUAGCAUACGUGGAGAAGUUCGUUCAGGACCCAGACUUGUUUUUCAGGAAGCUUCUUAGGAAAGAAAUGAAGACGGAGGACGAUUGGCCACCUCUAAAAUCCGGUCUUCUUCGACGUCGACUACGAGGUUUUCUCGAUGACCUCUACGAUGAACAGGCGCAAUUAGGUCCUGAAAAACCAAGUGAAAAGAGAACCAUGGCAGACAGGCAGCCAAUAUCCUACCUCUUGGGAUCUUAUGCAUCGAUAUCAACCGAAGGUCUGGAAAGUGAUGACGCGCGAGUCGGGAACUCUGCGGUUGUUGAACCAGCUUUGCAGAAGCCUCCCCAUAGGAAACAAGGGCCAGCCGCGAGCCAGUCAGCUAGCGCCGACUUAAAGACGGGCAGAGUAGGUGCUCAACGAGCGGCCAGCUCAAAGAACCUUUCCAGCGCACGUGUAGAAGUCAGUGUUCCAAAUGCAUCCAAGGAUCUAGAUGAUAAUCUCGUUGAAGUCCAGGUCCCUGACAGUCAGGAGCAAGUCCAGGAAGUUAGCGCCCCUUCGCCUAAGACUGUCAAGGAACAAGACGGGUCCCUCCCGAGCGGUCAAGCAGCGAUGGAUUCGGUGGAGGAUCAGGAUCUUAUUCGUACAGUCGAAUAUAGAGGAAAGGAGAAGGCCGCGAAGACUGGGCAGCCAAUGAAGCCUCAGAAAGUCGAAGUACAGAUUACACAAUCGCCUUAUCUAAGCAACAUAAAGAAUCCGCGAUCUACGAAACAAUCCCCCAGAUAG